UUUUGCAAACCAACAAAGAAAAGUUCGCACGCUGGCACGGCGGCCCGGGACAGACUGGCACAGCUGCCCGGACCCCCUUCUUCCGACACUUGACUCAACCUUGCAAGCCAGUGUUGUGUGUGUGUGUGUGUGUGUGUGUGUGUGUGUGUGCGCGCGCGCGCGUGUGCGUGUGUAUGUAUGUGUGCGCGUGUGUGCGUGUGUGUGUGUGCGCGCGUGUGUGUGUGUAUGUGUGUGGUGUGCACCUCCCGCCCCGGUAACUUCCAGAGCGAAUAACAACUAGCCUUCAAAAGUGCCCGUCGCGCAGCCCCUCCCCGCGGGCAGCGCACUAUGCUGCUCGGGUGGGCGUCCCUGCUGCUGUGCGCGCUCCGCCUGCCCCAGCUCGCGGCCAGCGCCGCCGCGGCACCUGCCCAGGAUAAAGCCGAGCCGCCUCGGGCCGCCGCCGCUGCAGCGGCCGCCCAGCCCCGCCGGCCGCAGGGGGAGGAGGCGCCGCCGCCUGCGCCCGCCGAGCCUCGGGGCCGCCCGCAGCCCCGCGCCGGGCUGGUGCAGAACAUCGACCAGAUCUACGCGCGCGGCGGCAAGGUGGGCUACCUCGUCUACGCGGGCGGCCGGAGGUUCCUCCUGGACCUGGAGCGGGAUGACUCGGUGGGCGCCGCUGGCCUGCUGCCCGCGGGAGGCGGGUCGAACUCCAGCCGGCGCCACCCGGGCCACUGCUUCUACCGGGGCACGGUGGACGGCAGCCCCCGGUCCCUGGCCGUCUUUGACCUCUGCCGGGGUCUCGACGGCUUCUUCGCCGUCCGGCACGCGCGCUACACCGUGAAGCCGCUGUGGCGCGGGCCCUGGGCCGAGGCCGAGGCCGGGCGCGUGUAUGGGGACGGGUCCGCGCGCAUCCUGCACGUCUAUACCCGCGAGGGCUUCAGUUUCGAGACCCUGCCGCCGCGCACCAGCUGCGAGACGCCGGCGGCGCGGCCCGGGCACCGCCGCCAGCGCACCCCCCCGGCGCACGGCCCACCAGAUCGCCGCUGGCCGCUGGCCCAGCAGUUCCAGGAGCGCUCGGGUUCUUCCGACGACGGCGACGACGGGGGCCAGGGGCCACCGACGUGGUGGCGGCGACGGCGCCGCUCCGUCUCCAGGGCCCGCCAGGUGGAGCUGCUGCUGGUGGCCGACGCGUCCAUGGCACGGAUGUAUGGCCGGGGCCUGCACCAUUACCUGCUGACGCUGGCGUCCAUCGCCAACCGCUUGUACAGCCACGCCAGCAUCGAGAACCACAUCCGCCUGGCCGUGGUGAAGGUGGUGGUGCUCGGCGACAAGGACAAGAGCCUGGAGGUGAACAAGAACGCCGCCACCACGCUCAAGAACUUUUGCAAGUGGCAGCAUCAACACAACCAGCUCGGGGAUGACCACGAAGAACACUACGACGCCGCCAUCCUGUUUACGAGGGAGGAUUUAUGUGGGCAUCAUUCAUGUGACACCCUGGGGAUGGCAGACGUGGGGACCAUAUGUUCUCCAGAGCGCAGCUGUGCUGUCAUUGAAGAUGACGGUCUGCAUGCAGCUUUCACGGUGGCUCACGAAAUUGGGCAUCUCCUUGGCCUGUCCCACGAUGAUUCCAAAUUUUGUGAAGAGAAUUUUGGUUCCACAGAAGAUAAGCGCUUAAUGUCUUCCAUCCUGACCAGCAUUGAUGCAUCCAAACCCUGGUCCAAAUGCACCUCAGCCACCAUCACAGAAUUCCUGGACGAUGGCCAUGGCAACUGUUUGCUGGACCUCCCUCGGAAGCAGAUCCUGGGUCCCGAAGAACUUCCAGGUCAGACCUAUGACGCCACCCAGCAGUGCAACCUGACCUUCGGCCCCGAGUACUCUGUGUGCCCUGGCAUGGAUGUGUGUGCCCGCCUCUGGUGUGCGGUGGUGCGCCAAGGCCAGAUGGUGUGUCUGACCAAGAAGCUGCCAGCUGUUGAGGGGACCCCCUGCGGGAAAGGGAGGAUUUGCCUGCAGGGCAAGUGUGUGGACAAAACCAAGAAAAAAUAUUAUUCAACAUCAAGUCACGGUAACUGGGGUUCCUGGGGACCGUGGGGUCAGUGCUCUCGCUCGUGUGGAGGAGGAGUCCAGUUUGCCUAUCGCCACUGCAAUAACCCAGCCCCCAGAAACAGUGGGCGCUACUGCACAGGGAAGAGGGCCAUCUACCGGUCCUGCAGCGUCGUCCCCUGCCCGCCUAAUGGUAAAUCAUUUCGUCAGGAGCAAUGUGAAGCGAAAAAUGGCUAUCAGUCUGAUACAAAAGGAGUGAAAACUUUUGUAGAAUGGGUCCCCAAAUAUGCGGGCGUCCUGCCGGCAGACGUGUGCAAACUAACCUGCAGAGCUAAGGGUACCGGUUACUAUGUGGUCUUCUCCCCAAAGGUGACGGAUGGAACUGAGUGUAGGCCAUACAGUAAUUCUGUCUGCGUGCGGGGGAAGUGUGUGCGAACUGGCUGUGAUGGUAUCAUCGGGUCCAAGCUGCAGUAUGACAAGUGUGGGAUAUGCGGAGGAGACAACUCCAGCUGUACAAAGGUUGUGGGCACCUUCAAUAAGAAAAGCAAGGGUUAUACUGAUGUCGUAAGGAUCCCAGAAGGGGCAACCCAUAUAAAAGUUCGACAAUUCAAAGCCAAAGACCAGACUCGAUUCUCUGCCUACUUGGCCCUGAAGAAGAAAAAUGGUGAGUACCUUAUCAAUGGGAAGUACAUGAUCUCCACCUCUGAGACCAUCAUCGACAUCAAUGGCACCGUCAUGAACUACAGCGGUUGGAGCCACCGGGAUGACUUUCUGCACGGGAUGGGCUACGCGGCCACCAGGGAAAUUCUGAUUGUGCAGAUUCUUGCCACAGAUCCUUCGAAAGCACUAGACGUCCGUUACAGUUUUUUUGUUCCCAAAAAAUACACUCAAAAAAUAAACUCUGUCACGGGCCAUGGAGGCAAUAAAGUGGGAUCACAUCCUCCCCAGCUGCAGUGGGUGACGGGGCCCUGGCUGGCCUGUUCGAGGACCUGUGACACAGGCUGGCACACCAGGACAGUGCAGUGCCAGGAUGGAAACCGGAAGUUAGCCAAGGGAUGUCUUCUUGCUCAGAGGCCUUCUGCGUUUAAGCAGUGUUUGCUAAAGAAGUGUUAGCCAGUGGCGCGGAUCUUAUCCAGAGGGAUCACGAAUGGAUCAGUCACGGUGACAAAGAUAUCUACCUAAAGCACAGACAGUCAACGUACCAACGUCAUGGUCAAAGGGAACCCCAAGUCGGGCCAGAGUCUGCUCUGGGUUACCAAACGAAGCAGCGUGAUUAUUUCCUGGACAAAGGUGACCUUGGAUAUAGACAAACUUGGGACUUAUUGACCAUCCCCAAUCUGACCCGAAUGAAAAGACACCGAUGAAUGUAGAAUCAGGGGACAUUUGAAGAUGGCAGUGCACUCUCCCCUUGUCAUCUACCUCUAAAAGAAUGUCUUCAAAGGCAUUAUAGUUGUUCUCACCCAUAAUACAUGGUAGCUGAUUUUUACUGUUUGUAGAUAUGUUCUUCCCUUGGUAUGUCACUUUAUAGCACUCAGUUCUAUUAAAAUUAUAUAUAGAGAGAUUAUAGAUAUAUAUUUCUAUAAAAAAAAGUGAUCGACCAAAGUAGGUCUGCAGCUAUUUCAACUUCUUCCAGUUUCCAGAAAGAGCUGUGGAUGUUUUACUGGAGAUUAACAACGUGCUGCUCUUUCCCUGAGCUAGAGUGUAUUUUCAGACUACAGGAGAUUAAAAAAAUUUAGUCAGAAACCUUUAACAGCAAGCAUCUUCUGAGAAAUCCUGCAAAGGAAAAGGACUGCAGUAUAUCUAGUCAUUAAAGAGCAUGAAUGGAUCCAUUUAUUUAAACCUUUGAGUGUACUUUUCUUCAGGCAGACAGUCAUAUUAAUGCAGAUGUAGGAUGUAAAGGUAGUGUUGGGGCUUGUGUACAUCAUUGGUAUUCAAGAGUCUACAAAUCAGUGUCCUUACUUUCAAAACGUAUUUUACAACAAAAAUAAAAUUGUUUUUCUCUCAUUUUUCCUUAGUGUAAGAAUUUAAGAGGAAAAAAAAAGACACUUCAUAUUUUCUAGUUCUAUUUUCACAACUGCUUUCUCUUUCUAUGGCUUGCUUCUGAUAACUCGUACCAUGUCAUACUAACACAAAAACACAGCUAAGUUGCCAUCAUUGAACACCUUCAACAUUGGUAUACCUCUUACCAGCAAGCCUCCAAAAUGCAUUUGUUUUCGCUUGAUUGUUUUGUUCAAGACUGCUAUAAAACCUACAAUAUUUUGUACUUCUUGUUGUCUAAGUAUAAUAGGAUAUGGAAAAUCAGUUGUAUUUAGCCACAUCUUUCAGUGGCUGUAAUUUAUAUAAAAAAUUAAGCAGGGUUAGUAAUCAUAAGACUGUUUCCACACCAUAGGCAAUAAUUCCUUGCAUUACAAAAAUUUUUUAAGUACACAAUGUGCUUCAGAGUUUUUCCAGUUGAACAAUAGUUGGUUGUACUAGCAGCGCUAAAGUGGUGAAAUGUGACCAUUUUUGUGAUGAUUGUCGGUUUUCUCCUGAGAGGUUAUCUAGGUAAGUUUAUAGGUUUAAAUAGUAAUGCAUGGGAAAAAAUUUACGAUCAUGCAUAAAAACAGUUAAACUGCAGGACUUGAGAGAUAGUGCAUGUUUAACCCUAUGCCUUGUAUGUGGCUGAACUGGUUUGUUCUCUGGUAUCAGGUUAUCCUAGCAUCACUGGCUAAAACCGUAGAGACCACAAAUACCCCCAGGUGACCUGAGUAAUUCCUAGCAGUACAAGGCCCCAGAGUAGGGCAUCUGUGGGUUCUCAGACCGAAUCCUGGCCAAUUGGGUCAAGAAUCACCAAGAGGGCACCCCCAAACUUCUAGAGCACCCCUUGAAACAAAAAACAAGGAAGCAAAAGCAUAACUGCAUCCACCUGCCCCCACACAUCAAAAUAUAUAAAAUGUUCCACUUCAUUAAGGUUUGCUUUUAUUUGGGAAAUAUUUCAAAGUCAGUAGCUCUCAUGAAUAUUUAUAUUGGUCAUAUUAAAUGGGUUUAUUGUUAAAGAUUUGUAAAUAAGGAUGUUAAGAAACCAUUGUUUGAAUUCCCUUAAAGUUACAAGAGUUUAUAUUUAUUAUAAGAUACGUUAGCAAAAGAGAAUUACGUCUUGCUCUUAUCACAUUCAUUUUAGUGGAUCAGGAGAGUAAAUGUCUCACAGUGCAAAGUACUAAGAAAUUAUUUGGUAAAAGAACUGUUUUACAAAACUGAUUCUAAUCUAUUGUUUUUUUCACAGACUAGCUUUCUUCGGAUAUUGUCUUUUUUUUUCAGUAUAUUAUCAAGUAGAGGAAUGAGGCACAUAAAAUAUAGCAACCUCCCUAUAUUUAUUAGAGAUCACUCGGUAUCUGGGGUAAGAAAUAAAGCUAGUUGAAUCAGUCAAUAAAAUUAUUAAAAAUCAUACUAUUUGGCUAGUCAGAGACAAUUACUAGUGAGGCCAACAUUACAUUUUUGGAAAUGUGAGAAUAAUUUUAAUGAAGAAACUUAACUAUGAGAGAAAUCUAAUUUUACCUUUUAUAAUUAUGUUGACAGCAAUUAAACAUAAUUGGAGGGCAUACAUAAUAAUCUUGUAAUCUGUUUCUCUAUAUUUAUAUUCAUAGAUUUUUAGCAUGAAUUAACAUAUUUCUCAAAGCCAAUAGAAAAGUUUUAUGUUCCUCACAAAGCAGUCUUAGAAAGUUUAGAGCAAAUAGACCAAUAUUUUAUAUUCUAAAAAACUUUUCUUUAGGUCAUGGAUUUUUUUUUAUAAAUAUUGACUGACUAACAUAUGUAUGUAUGUAUGUCUAACUAAAAAAAUUAGAGACUGGAAAAAGAAAGUUCAAAAAAGAGAGUGGUCAAUCAAUAUAAAAAUUGAUGAAUAAGAGAAAAAUAUUAUUGAAUUCAAUGCAAUUUAAACUGGGGUUAUGAUUUUUAUGUUUAUCUUGAAUAAAAGGAGUCUAGAAUUUGGGAUGCUAUGGAUUCUAUCCUUUAAAAAAAAUGUCUGAAAAUGCUCAGGUUAAUAAGAAUCUAAAUCUAAAUUACAGAACUAAGAAGCACUCUAAAUUGAGUAUAAAUGCAAAUGCGGAGUCCUCUAGGAAUGAAUAUUUUUCCUUCUAGAACAGAAAAGGUCAAAUUAAGCCCUGCUUUGUUGCUGAGUGGCAUAUAAGGGCCUUGUUUUAAUUUAAAUUCAAUAAAUUCAACUUCAUUUGCCUUCCUGUGGAAACAGUUUUAUCCCAUUAACUAAGAAUUAAGGGAUAAAUUGCAAACAAAAACAAAAAGUUGCAGCACUGAAAAAAAGAAAUAAUUUAUUGUAUUUUUGCAACUGGUAUGUGAAUUUGUGUGAUAAAAUUAUUUAUUCUUAUUUAACAAAAAUAUGUGCAAAUUCUUUUCUAUUUAAAUGUUUUGCUAUUGUCCUACUUUUUAAUUUAUGCUUCAUGUUUGUGUAUAAAGUACACUUUGUGAGUUUACAGAAUAUUCAGCACUGGUUGCUUUUGUAUUUUUUUGCAGAAAACUUUCUGUGUAAAACAGGUGUACAUGUAUAUAACCUUCAUGUAUUCUUAUUCUGAUGCUAUAUUUCCCUUCUGAGUAUUUUUAAAUUUAAUAUUUUCUGUUAGUGUUUGGUUCUUGCAGUUAUGGUCUUUUAAGUUCCAUGAUUUUUUU